GGCCAUCAUAAUAGUUCUGAUGAAAGAGCACACAUGAAUAAGUCUGAGGUAAUAGUUCGACAUUUCGCCUCUAACUUGCUUAAACCGGGUUUUUUGUUCAGCUGUUUUGUCGCUAACACUUUCCAUGAGCUCUCAUGACAUGUUGGUCAUCCUCCAGGACGGACCGUGUAGGAGCAAAGACCAAGUAGACGGCACAGGGGUGAGCAUGGACAGCAAGAAGGGAGUCAAGGUGACGGGAAAAUGCGCCCCUGUGGACUGGGUGGGCGGACGAGGCCCCAACAUCGACCACACACCCUGUGGCUCCAUCAGCCCUCCAGACGUUUCUACCGUCAUCACUAUCCGAUGUCCCAAACCCAACGAGCCAUUUGGUGACCACGGGAUGAACAAACCCGACCCGGCGGGGGACCGGAUCCAGGAGGCGAACCCUCAAAAUAGGGUUUGGCACAGCGAGACAGGACUGGCCAGGCACACCGUGGAGGAGUUAAAGACCCUGGUGCGGGACAGUCCUGCACUCAACCCUGCGGGGAGUUUUAACUCCCACCAGAAGUGCAGUGGCCGAGGCGGGUGGGCUGUCCCUAGCAUGCAGCAGGAGGUCAACUCACAAAAAGCGUUCAGGACCUUCAAACCUCCACCUAGCGCUUCCAGAGAGGGGGACACAUUCAGUGACAGCACUUCUAUUCAGCCUCCUGCCUGCGUGGAUUCUUCCAGCUCGUUCACAGCUGAUGCCAACAAAAAAAGGCAACCGCAAUUCCACACGCUCAAAUGCGACAGCUGCGGUUUCUACGGAGAGAUGAAAGCGCUUCGCUCAGAUAACGGAAACGAGAUCCUGGACAUCACAAGGAACCAAAGGUUUAUCUCCCCGAUGGAGCAGAUUAAGCAGCAGAUUGCCAGAGAAAACAUCAACUUUGUCCGCUUUGAGGCCACAGACUUGCAUGGCGUGUCCAGAUCCAAGACCGUGCCUGUCCGCUUCUUCCAUGAAAAGGCCGUGUAUGGAGUUCCGAUGCCAAGGAGCUACUUGGAGCUGACACUGAGUCCAAAGAGUAACGAAGUGGAUCACGGCAACGCCGCCAACUUCAGCAGCGACAUUCUCCUGAUUCCUGAUCUUACCACGUUCAGGAUCCUACCCUGGGCCGAACAGACGGCGAGGGUCAUCUGCGACCCCUGCACGGUGACAGGAAACCCCCUCCGCACCUCACCUCGCCUCAUCGCAAAGCAGCUGCUGGGCCAGCUCCAAAGCCUAGGCUUCUCCCUGCAUGCCUCCUUCAGCUACGAGUGCUGUGUCCUCGGUGCGCCGGACCGUAUCGGACCUAAGACGCUCCUGUUCCCAGCCACCACCCUGCUGAGCAACCACGACCUGCCUUUCUUCCAGCAGCUAGUGGACAGCAUGUACUGCAUGGGCGCCGACAUCGACAGCAUGGCCUCCGCCAGCGGGCCCGGCCAGAUGGAGAUUAACCUGCGUCCGGAGUUUGGGAUCGCAGCCGCCGACAGCGCCUUUACCUUCCGCACCGGCAUCAAAGAAAUGGCUCGCAAACACAGCUACAUCGCUAGCUUCUUUACAGACGAUGGUCUCUACAACGCUGGCGUGCUGUCCCACAGUUUGUGGGAUGCCAACGGCCGCCGCAGCCUCUUCCAAAGUGGGGAGAAGUCGGGUGACCUGUCAGACAUCGGCCGCAAAUGGCUGGCCGGGCUCCUUACGCACUCGGCCGCCCUCAGCUGCCUGAUGUCACCUGGCCUUGGAUGCCGCAGCCACAUCGCCAAGACAAUCAAAGACCCUAAGCGGAUGCUGUACGCCACCUGCGGCUGUAACGACAACAGCAGCUCCUUCAACAUUAAGAGCCACGGUGGGCGGGAGACCCACAUCGACAACAAACUGGGCUCAGCCAUGGCCAACCCUUACGUUGUGCUGGCGGCCACCGCUGCCGCCGGACUGGACGGGAUCAGACGCAACCUGAGCAUGGAAAGCAGCUUUCACAAGGCGCCGAACCAGCAGAAGGACUUUGCCAUUCCAGUGAAACUGGAAGAUGCUCUGGAGGCGCUGGGUGAGGAUCACAUAAUCCGCAGUGCCCUCGGGGAGCCCUUUGUCCAGUACUUCAUCGCCAUGAAGAAGUUUGAGAUUGAGACCCAAGAACUGGACGACGAGCGAAACAAGUGCUUGGAGUAUUUUAUCUAGAAAGUUCUCCCCUGUCAAAUCAAAGCAUGAGACUUGAAUAAUGUUUGAACAGAUUUCAUUUUGAAUUUAUAUCAUGGCUUUUUUGAUAUUCAAAAUAAAGGUGAAGUGGCCCUACAU